GGCAGGCGUGUGGGAGGCAAAGCCCGGGCUCGGCCGGCCGCUCAGAGCACACUGCAGGGAAGAUGAGCACGGAGGAUGCUGGCAACGGGACCUCUCCCACCCCACCUCUCCUCGGGCUUCUGGUUUCAACCACCGAGCUGAUCCCAUCCAUUACUGCAUCCCCCGAGAAAGCAGACCCGCUGCCUGUCAUCAUCGCUCUCGUCUGCAUCUUCCUCAUCCUGGCGACCUUCCUCAUCUUUGUCACGCUCUGCAAGCCGGUGGCGCUGGACCAGUCCCGCUCUGGGUCCCGCGAGUGCAUGCCCCAUCACCCGGCGGAUGCCAGCGAGCCCCAGCUGAGGCUCUGGAAGCGUCUGGGCUCCCUGCGAUGCUCCAUCAACACCUUCAGGAGGAGUCGGCCAGUGUCCCAGAGCCACCUCGCCUGCCCCAGGAGCUCCCCCACCAGCCAGGACUGGGACAUCAUGGAAUCCACCAAAAUGUGAGCCUGCUCUGCGGGAACUAACUCACCCCGCACCGCUAUUCUUUCCCAAGCUUUUGGUUCAGGCUGAGUUCCCUCCUCCAGCAGCCCCUGGGACCCCGGGCAUCCCGGCAGAGCCCCUUUAAGCAGCUCAUUCCCAGGCAGCAGCUCUGCGAGGCGACAGGACAUUUUGCUAUUUCAGAUUCCCAAAUGCUUUCCAGGUUACUGUUUCCUGGCAGGAAAAGCGGAGGCAUCUGAACUACACCCACACGCAGCUAUCACCGGGCAGUCCAAAAAAAUAUUGCUGCUUCAUUUCUUUUGGAAAACAUAGUGCAAGUUGUGAGGCACCUGAACAAACAGCCUGGGCGAGAGCAGAGCAACCUGGCUGCCUAACAAAUAUCUCCUUGAAGAGAGGCAUCCCGGGGCAAACGUGCUCCACAAAAAGCAAUCCUCAGCUGAGAUUGUCCCCCACGAUGUGCUCCGGAGCAUGUGGAGGAAGGCUCGUGCCACCCUGCUCCCCUUCCUCACCACGCAGCAAGCCGUGGGUUGCUGCGGUUGAUGCUCGGAAGGAUGCACGCUACAGCUGUCUGCUGGAAACCUGCUUCAAUAAACGAGCAGCGGGAGCAGGUAAACACGCCUAUAAAUACAUUAAAGGGGUCUUUUGAGGCUCGCAGGCACUGCCAGCUUGGAAAGCCACCACGCAAGGCUGAGCCGUUCAUUUCUGCUGGGAAAGGGUACAACAGCCAGCAGGUACUCUGAAGUGCUUCAAGGAAUCAUCGGAAAAAAUGGUUUAAUGGUUCCAGGUCUGCAGCUCACACUACCUGCAGCCAUCGAGUUCACCCCUUUGGGUGAAGUCUCCGUGCCCAGCGAGCACCACACCCCAGCUCUCUGGGUUUCACGCGGUUCCUGACCCUCGCGGGGCGCAGCUCUGCCUGGGACGUUCCUGUUCUCCUCCCGGUUUGGGCUGCCUGGCUUUCGGACCGCCUGGCUUUUGGACCUGCAGCCGUUCAGCUGCUUGCGUGGCUCCUAAAUGUGCUACCUUCCAAAUCCCACACUGAACCACGAGGCUUUUUUCUGCCUAUCCUGAAAGAAAAAGGAAAAGCCAAACCACCCCCAAGCUCUGCCAUGGAGCCACUGCCCGGCGAGGCUGGAAGCGCAACCGCUCAUUGAAGAGGGUUUGCAGUGCCAGAGACAAAGAGGGUGAUGUACGCUGGAAGGGACCCUGGAGGUCAGGGAUGUGGGAGAUGAAGACGGGCAGGGGUCUGAUGAGUUUUCUGUAGACCCAGCUCAGCUCGCAGCCAAAGAGCACCGGGACCGGUUGAUGUUCGGUAGAUAAGGACGUGGCAACACGGCGCUUGGUUUUGCCAUGGACGAGGCAACAGGGAGCACAGGUUGGAUUUGUUUUUCCCAACACGCCUGAUGCAAGCGAGCACUAAACCCACCCAGGUGGGAUCUGGGGACCGGGAAAACGCAGGCAGUCCGAUACCCAUCCGAGGGGCAGAACGGUCCCUUUACCGCUCGGGAUCUCAUCCUGCGUGCCCAGCCGGUGCAGCAUCCCCACUGCAGAGCCCGUGGCACCUGCAGUGCCGUGCCCCUGAGAUUUCUGACCAGGCCACUUAUUCCUCCUUUCAAAAAGGACAUCCGAGUCUUCUGUAAACAGGCACAUCAUUAUAAAGCUCUAGGGAUGACGGCCAAGACGCGUUUGGCACGCGGGCCCUCUGCCUCUGCCAGGUGGCUCUGGAUUAAUCGGCAGCCACUGAGCCAAGGGCUGGCAUGGCGUUCGGGGAACGAUGCUCUGGUGCUGGCAUUGCUGGGCGGAGGUCUGCCCCGAACUGCACGGAGCCUCUCGGGAACGGGGGGUCUUGCCUUCCCCGGGGAAAAGGGGAAGUCCCAGGGCUGGAGAAGCCCGAGGGGUUAAUUUACUGCCUGCAAAAGUCACGGUGGAAACGGGACAUAUUAACGCACAUGGGUUGUGAAAUGCUAACACCAAACACAGGCUCUGGUUUACGGAGCACCUCAAAGGUUGUUGUCUCUCUGUUGCGUCUCCAAGGCAGCUCGGCACAUGCACGGCCACCCCACGUGGCUGCGUGGCAACAGUCCCACGGGAACAGCGGAAAAUCCUUACCGAUGGCCUCCAGGAUCAGUGUGUACGAUGCCACGGUCUCCCUGUCCAGACUCACGACUGUCCUGACCACUCCAUCCCUGAAGCCGACGCUGAAUUUACCAUCCUGGUUCCCACCUGCAGCAAAGGACAAGGACCAGGUUACCCGUUGUCGGGACGCAGGGAGCAGAGCCCACGCUGCAGGGGAUGCUGCAGCCUGGGCACGGGGUCAGCCUGCCCGUGGAAAUCAUCACAAGCUCUCAGCAUGGUUUUGAGCGAGGCAAGCGUAGGGCGGGCUCGUAGCUCCUCCGAGGCAAAGCUUCUCUGCAGCAAAAGCGGGCAGAGCACCUUCUCUCCGCCACCCCAAAUGCCGUGCCUGCCUCACGGUGCGGGCAGGGAGUGAUGGUUAUAGGAAAAGCUGAAUCAUAUAAACGCCGGAUCAUUUCCUGAACGCUUCGGAAGCAAACUGGGGUCACUUUGCAUGUGGCCUGCGGUACCUGUGGGACAACACACACCUUUUUUCUUGUGGUGGAGGCCGGAGGGGCUGAGAGAGGAAACACAGGGCUGCUAUUGUGAGAAAAAUGACUCUUCAGUGACAUUUCUAUUUUUGCCCUCUUCCUGAGGGCUAAAAGCUGCAUGUGCAGUUUGCAAGUCAAAGCGCAGCCAGGGGGUUCCCCGGCCUCCCGCUGCAGGUGCUGCGGCUGCGGCGCGAGCCAGGCACUGCCUGGGCAGCAUCGCUGCCCGCCUGCUCCCUGCCUGCCCAAACCCACCUCCACGCCGGGCUACGAGAUGCCCUAAAACUCCAGAGGGGCUUCCAGCCCUAAAGGCACGUUACGCAAAUGCCGCCCUGGCUGCGUUAAAGCCAUCCUCAUGCUUUGCCUGGCCGCAUCCCAGCAGCGAGAGAGGGCAGGGGAUGCUCCGGCGCAAGUGUUCGCCCCCGGGCAGGACAAGGAGUAGCGGCGGAGUGGUCAGCAAGGCGGGGAGCCAAGCGGGGCUGUUCGGCAGAGGGCGAUACCACACAAGGUUUGGAGGGGCUGGAAAAGGCGGCGGUCAUGUGCAGAACACCCCGGCCAAGGUCUGGGGCAGCCUCUUCCUUUGCACAGUCGGAGCUCCCCUCGUGCAGCAUUUCGCAAGGGGUUCAUACCUGUGAUGAAGUAGCUGAGCUCAGCAUUCAGCCCAAUGUCAGCAUCCGUGCAGUUGAGCCGGACCACUUUAAAAUCCCGGGCCACGUUUUCGGGCAGCGACACGUUGUAGAUGGAUGGGAAGAAGGUGGGGUUCUCAUCGUUCACAUCCAGAACUGAAAGGGGGAGCAGAGCUGAGUGUCCCCUCAGGGCCGCCCCUCCUGCAGAUGCCAGGCUGAUGUCCAGCGGGCUCCCAAAAUCAUCUGCCUGCUGCUCUGAGCAUCCCAGGGAAUGCUCUGCCUGCUGUUCCCUGCCACCUGUGUGGUGGGGGUACCUCCGGACCAGCUGUAAGGACCAGUCCCCACCGCUGCAGACUGUGUUUGGUUGCCUCCGAUACAUACAGAUCACACCCCGUAUGCAAAGAAACCCUACAUAACAGUGCAAACACAGAUUCCUUUCCAUCCCCAUUUGGAGGAAAAUCGGGGGCUUAAAUAUAAACUCAGUAUUUCCUGGCAUAUGGCAGAGGGCUCUGGGGUUACAGGACCAGAAACUUUUUCCAAAGCCAGGCCUGAGAAGAAGCCCGGGUCAGUUUAUUGCCAGAUGAUGCUUAUCCUCAGCUUAUCCUCAGCACCAGGCUCGUGUGAAGCCACUAAACAGAAACGCAUCGAAUUAAAGACAGACCACACA